CAGAGUCUCCUAAACCCCCAACGGCCCAACCCCAUGUCGAAUGUCGUUGUACUCGACAACGGUGGCGGCCUUAUAAAAGCCGGACACGGUGGCGAGCGCGACCCAACCGUCGUAGUCCCAAACUGCCUCUACCGUCCUCUAUCCUCGAAGAAGUUCCUCCACCCUUCACCCCUUUCCUCUAUAACUUCAGAAGACCUUACCUCCGCCGCCGUACGCCGGCCCAUCGACCGCGGCUACCUCAUCAACCCAGACCUAGAGCGAGACAUAUGGUCUCACCUCUUCUCCUCCCUCCUCCACGUGAAUCCUUCGACCUCCUCCCUCCUGCUCACUGAACCCCUCUUCUCUCUCCCCUCGAUCCAGCGCUCCACCGAUGAGCUCGUCUUCGAAGAUUUCGGGUUCAAUUCUCUGUUUGUAGCCGAUUCGCCCUCUCUCGUGCAUCUCUACGAGGCCAGUCACAGGCCUGAUGGGUUGGUCUCGAAGGCACAAUGCAGCUUGGUGGUGGACUGCGGGUUCUCGUUCACCCACGCGGCGCCGGUUUUUCAGAACUUUACCCUGAACUACGCUGUGAAGAGGAUCGACUUAGGGGGCAAGGCGUUGACGAAUUACUUGAAGGAGCUGGUUUCCUAUCGGGCAGUGAAUGUCAUGGACGAGACUUUCAUAAUGGAUGAUGUCAAGGAGAAACUCUGCUUUGUCUCUCUCGACCCUGAAAGGGAUCUGCAGAUGGCUAGGAAGCCUGGAAGGCAGAAUUUGCUCCGAUGUACUUAUGUCCUGCCGGACGGUGUGUCUGACACAAAGGGUUUUGUUAAAGAUUCGGAAGCAGCACAGAGGUACCUUGCUUUGACAGAUGGAGUUUCUCGUCGGCCUGUGGAAGCAAGGAAAGAGAUGGAUCAGACGGAAGCUGCAGAGAAGUCUGAGGAUAGGAGGAGAAUUGAUUUGACUAAAACUGAGUUCGACUUGACAAAUGAACGAUUCCUUGUUCCAGAGAUGAUCUUCCAGCCUGCAGAUUUGGGAAUGAAUGAGGCUGGACUGGCAGAGUGCAUUGUCAGAGCUGUCAAUUCCUGCCACCCUUAUCUUCACCCUGUACUCUAUGAAAGUAUCAUAUUAACUGGUGGAAGCACAUUAUUUCCUCGCUUUGCUAAGAGACUAGAAAAAGAUCUCAGGCCUCUUGUUCCAGAUGACUAUCAUGUGAAGAUAACAACUCAAGAAGAUCCCAUACUGGGUGUGUGGCGAGGAGGUUCACUCUUGGCAUCGAGCCCUGAUUUUGAAUCAAUAUGUGUUACCAAGGCUGAGUAUGAAGAGCUUGGAUCUGCUAGAUCUCGGAAGCGAUUCUUCCAUUAGGAUUCUGACUUAAAAGGUUUGGAAGCUCUUUUUCACCAUCAGUGCGUCUAUCUGACAUGAAUUAGCUACGAAAAUGGAUGGAGAUGAAGAAUUGAAUUCUGAAGCCGAUUGAAUUUUAAAUACUUGUUAAAUGAUAAAUUAUCAGGAGCUUCUAGAUUGAACUGUAUAUUAUUAUUAGUAAAAGCUGGAUAAAAGCUUUUUGUACACGAUUCUGAUGAACAAUGAAAAAUGUAGGCGGGUGGUUUGGUGGUUUAUACACGAUCAGAGAAUAACUUUGAAUAGCUCAAUUACUGUUUGCAUGUUUUUAUUGCAUAAUGAAGAAUUUCUGGGGGUCUAGUGUUAGCUUUACUCUUUGUCCCCUCUGGACCUAAGUACCUCACUAGCGAAACCAAAAUUUCAAGAUUUUAUUUGGAGAAUUGCAGUUUGAAUUUGAAACAUUCUCUUUCCUUAUUGUUGCACUUAUUUGAUCUUAUUUGCAUCCAGAGAAGUAUGGCAGAUGGUGAUACCUGAUCUCAGCACUAGCUUAUUUAUGCAGUUGCUGGCUGAGAGAUCCCUAUCAAUAAACCUUUGCAGUACCGCCUGGUCAUGCCUUCAUCACAUAUUAUGUUUGAACUUUUAUAUUUUUACUGUGUAAAAUUUAUAUUAAAAUCAGGUGCACUCUACGAUUUAUGCUAUCUUGACACCAAAUAUAAAGAUUUCAUAAUGUG